AUAACCUCCAAACCCUCCAUACCUGUUUCACUCACUAAAUCUUCCAUUCUUCCAUUCACAACAAUACCACCAUGGACGUCGCUGCAGCCAUGGAUUUCGACUUCAAUUCUUCAUCAUACGGCGGCGCUAGUUACUACAAUAGUGCUCCAUCCAGCCCUACUCGUAUGACGGAGUUCUAUUGCCAAUUCGACGAGUUGUUGAUCUCCGCCGAAGCCAACCACACUAAUUGUCUCGCCGCCGUUCCAUUCGCGUGGGAGGAGAAACCUGGGGUUCCAAAGGGAUUCACGGAUUCAUUUGAAGAUGAUUUUUCGUUUGAUGUAAGUUGUCAAUUCGGUAGGGAUUUAGUGGCGCCGGCGGAAGAUUUAUUCGACGGCGGUGUAAUCAAGACCGUUGAUUCUACACCAGGACAGAAAGAGAAGAGGGUAGAGAGAGAAAGAGGAAGAGAGAGAGGGUUUUCUUCUUCUUCUCGUUUACCUUCGUCACGAAGUAGAAGAACAAGAUCGUUGUCUCCACUUGGGGGCUCAGAUUACCGGCGGGAACAACAACAACAACACCAACAACAACUACCGGCGGUUACCAAUACAAAACCUCCGGCAGCUACAACUUCGUCUUCAUCGGAAAAUGCGUCAAGAAAAUGGAGCUUUAAGGAUCUAUUCUUGUUCAGAAGUGCUUCAGAUGGGAGAGCAAUGGACCGAGACCCUUUGAAGAAAUACUCAACCAUCUCGAGAAAACACGAUCAAGAUUUCAGGAACUCGGCUGAGGCUGGAUCAGUAUCGAAGAGAAGAGGACGGGUUUCGGCACACGAGCAGCAUUACAAUUUGAAUCGAGCUGUUUCGAAUGACAUGAAGAAGAAAACCUACUUGCCAUACAGACAUGGUAUUCUGGGAGGAUUGGCUUUCAAUCCCUAAGAAGAUACACAAAACUGUAAACUCGAUGGCAGCAAUCAAGAAAGUUCGAUUUUGUUGGUUGAACUGAGUCAUAGCAAUUAAUCUUGUAUUCACUUUAUUUUAUGUAUAUAUACAUAUAUGUAAUAUAUAGUUAUCUGAGUAUGUAAUAUGGAUUCUAUCAAUCAAUAUUAUCCUUAAUUACUCUCU